AUGACUCGGAGGAAGCGGUUCCCCCACUAUGGUGACCGGCGGCUGCGUAUGCAAAGCGGCGAGCUGCAGCAGCAGCAGCAGCAGCAGCAGCAGCAGCAGCAGCAGCAGCAGCAGCAGCAGCAGCAGCAGCAGCAGCACAGCAGCAGCAGCAGCACAGCAGCAGCAGCAGCAGCAGCGCAGCAGCAGCAGCAGCAGCAGCAGCAGCAGCAGCAGCAGCAGCAGCAGCAGCAGCAGCAGCAGCAGCAGCAGCAGCAGCAGCAGCAGCAGCAGCAGCAGCAGCAGCAGCAGCAGCAGCAGCAGCAGCAGCAGCAGCAGCAGCAGCAGCAGCAGCAGCAGCAGCAGCAGCAGCAGCAGCAGCAGCAGCAGCAGCAGCAGCAGCAGCAGCAGCAGCAGCAGCAGCAGCAGCAGCAGCAGCAGCAGCAGCAGCAGCAGCAGCAGCAGCAGCAGCAGCAGCAGCAGCAGCAGCAGCAGCAGCAGCAGCAGCAGCAGCAGCAGCAGCAGCAGCAGCAGCAGCAGCAGCAGCAGCAGCAGCAGCAGCAGCAGCAGCAGCAGCAGCAGCAGCAGCAGCAGCAGCAGCAGCAGCAGCAGCAGCAGCAGCAGCAGCAGCAGCAGCAGCAGCAGCAGCAGCAGCAGCAGCAGCAGCAGCAGCAGCAGCAGCAGCAGCAGCAGCAGCAGCAGCAGCAGCAGCAGCAGCAGCAGCAGCAGCAGCAGCAGCAGCAGCAGCAGCCGCAGCAGCAGCAGCAGCAGCAGCAGCAGCAGCAGCAGCAGCAGCAGCAGCAGCAGCAGCAGCAGCAGCAUAAAUUUGGUCUGUCUGCUUUGGUGACCACGUGGCUAGAUUGCGCUGGCGUUGGCGGCUCUGAAGGCGUGGACGGCCCACCCGAUUUCGACGAGGUCGAGGAUGUCUGGGAUCCCGCCUCGACUGAUGCCUUAGAUCCACGCUUGCGCCUACGGCUACUUUUCUUCUUUGGCUCAGACGUACCCUUGAGCUCCGUUCCAUCUUCCAUGUCUGACCUGCUCGAUGGACCAAUGUAG